AUGGCUGAAAGAACAACAAACUAUUCUAAAUUGAUCACAAUAUUUAAUAAUUUGCAAAAGAAAGAUGAUUUUGAUGAUGAAGAAAUGACAGGGAAAGCAGUAGCUUUUAUAUUACAAGAUGAUUCGUUCAUUUACAUUCUUAAUUCACUCUUGGUGUGUUCCACAAUGAACCUUCCCAUAAAGAUAUCAUCUUUUCUUAAGAAAAUUAUACAUAAAUUGCAAAUAGAGAAAUGUAAUUCUCUUAUUAAUUCAUUGUUCACUUAUUUAUUGCAAUUUACAUCUUCAAAUUCUGUGAGAGCAAGAAAAAAUUCUCUUCAAUUAUUAUUGAUAUUCAUUGAAGAAGCCAAUCUUAAUUUGUCUAAUGAUGUAGUAAUUAAGAUAUCUGAAUGUUUAUUUGAUAAAGAAGGAUCAGUGCGAAACAUUGCAGUAAAAAUUUGCAUACACUACCAGGAAAAUAUCUUAAAUGAUCGUAAUCUUAAAGUCAAAGAUAUUCUAAAAAGUAUUCUUAGCCAUGAUAAAAAUUCUAAAGUAAGAAAAUAUAUUUUGCAAAAUAUAAUAAUUGAUUAUUCCACUAUCAGAGUUGUUACUGAAAGAUGUAUUGACUUAGAUAAAAGUAUAAGAAAUACAUUCUUUAAAGAUGUUUAUAUCAAAGUUAUGAAUUUCCUUAAAUUUAAUGAUGAAUGUAAAAAUCAUCUUUUAUUAUUAUUUAAAGUGUCAUUUAAAGAAAUCAAAUCAGAAUUGAUUAACUAUGUAACAUCAAAUUAUACUUUAAAUGAUUUUGUGUAUUAUUUUAAAACUAAUGACAAUAUCCUUAAAAGUGAGUAUGCAGAAGUAAUAAGAUCUUAUCUCAUUAAUCAUAUACCAGAUGAUUUACCAGAGUCUAUUGAGUUUCUUAAUGUGUUUUAUGACUUUAUUGAAUCUAAUUAUGGUAGAGAUUCACUUAAGUUAAAGCCAAUCGAAUUUCUUUUAGAAAAAAAUGAUCUUAAUUAUAGCGUAUUGUUUAAAUAUUAUGAUUUUAUACUUGAAGAAGAUCAAAACAAAAUAUUAAAAUACCUCAGAAAUACUAUUCUUAAUACUAUAAUUUAUGAUGUUGAUUGUUAUAAGAAUUGUUUUGAACUUAUUGAUAAAAUUUUUUACAAUCAGAACGAUAGAUUAGAAAAAUUUAUAGGAACACUCAUUCAUAAAAGUAGUUCAAUAAGUGAUAAUUUGACAGAAAAAUUAAUUUCGAGUUUUUUUAUUAGUAGAAUUGGUGAUGAUCUAUAUAAUUUAAAUAACGCUAUUAUAAAUGAAAUUAUAUUACCUAAAUUGGAAAAUAAUAUGAUUUUUUUGACUUCUUUAUAUAAUUAUUUAUUAUACAAUACAAAAGAUUUUGAUCAAUUAGUUAAAGUUUAUAAAGAAUUUUUAAAUAAGGAUUACAAAGUAUUAGAAGGGUUGACUGAUUUAGUCUUAUUUAAAAAGAUUCCAUUUUCAGAAAUUUCUUUUAUGGAACAAUAUGAUGAGAAUUUAGAUGAGAAUAAAGUUAAACCUAUCAGUAAAUUGCUUCUUAGUGCAUAUAUUACCAAUACUAAUCAGUCAAUAGUAUAUUUGUUAAAGAUAUUUUAUUUAACUGAAACUAAUUAUAUUCAACAAUAUCUUUCAUGUUUCUUUUAUGAAUAUUUUAGAAAAAAUAAUACUAAUGUCUUAGUAAGUGUGUUUAUAGAAGUAUUAUUAACGAUAGAAAAGUAUGAAAAAGUUUUUAUUGAUCAAACUUUUUAUUGGUUAAGCUUAAACAAAAGACACUUUGAUGAACAACAAUUAGAUCUGGUAAUUUUAAUCACAGCUCAUUUAAUUAAUAACAUGUCUGAUAGUAAAUUAUUAUAUCCAAUUCUACUGCAGAUUUCAUAUAAUAAAGAUUUUGCUGAAAAAAUUAAAGUAAUUAUAAAUAACAUUAAUGAAAUCAUAGAAUUUGAACCAAAAGAAAAUUAUUUAACUGUUUUAAAUUUAUUAGAUAAAUAA